AUGCGUCCCCUAGUAUCUCGACUCUCUCAGGUCAUGCGACCUAUCGCACUCGACCAAAGCUCCAAGAUGCUAUGCCAGAACCGAAUCACUUCACGCUCGCCUCUUCUCGGGGUUCUACGCCUACCAGCUCAGCGCGCAUCAUUUGCACCGAACCAUUUCGCAUCAAGUCAAAUCCGGGCCCUACACACUACUCUACAGACCCGUACACCACGGGAUCACAAGACAGAGGGGCGCAAAGCCACGAACAAAUCUGGUCAACCCCUAAAAGGCCCGGAACUCUCUGAUCGGGAGGUUUGGGAGAAAGUCAAAGAAAUGUGCAUUUCACUAUGCAGGAUAUACCCCGCGCUCCAGCGUGACCAUGAUAAAGUUGCCAAAGACGUCCGCACGCUACAAUACUUACUGUGGACAGUCGGCAUAAUCAGUAUCAUAGGAGAGAUAUCAAGAUGGCACUUGGGUGAUGAUUUCAAUCGAAAAGGUCUGGAGAAUGAGAAAACAUAUCUAGCGGAUUUUUACUAA